UUUCCUAUGUUAACACUAAUCAGAAUAGUCUUUGUUUACUGUAAACUAACCACAAAAACAUUUCAAAUCAGAAAAAUGAUGAUACUGAAAAGGAGUAUCAUAACAAAAAGUAUAGCUAUUUAUCUUUAAUCAAUUCAAAAGUCAACCUAGAAGAUCAACCAAAUGAAUUGAUGUUAAGAGAUCACACAUUACUGUCAAAGAAACUAAAUAACCCAUAAGUAAGCUCUACAAGCAAGAACAAUCAACCUUUCCAUAUCUACUCCUCCGAAAAUUGCUUUGAGUAACAAUGUAGGUGAAGGAGGUUAGGCGAUUGUCGAAUCCGAUGGGAAGAUUUGGAGAGAUCGAAUAUGAAGAGUGGUAAACGGAUCCAUAAAUAUUUAAUUAUUUACUUUUUUUUGCCAUUCAAAACCCCAGAAGCGGGGAAUGAAAAAGAUACAUUAUCUGAAAAAGAUCCAAAAGGAUCCUUACAUACAUCGUAACCAAGAAACGAAGUCGAACCCCUUAAACAUAUGCGACAUGAACAGGGCAUGACGAGCCACAGAAUGAGCUUCCCUGUUGUUAGAACGACCAAUGAACCUAAGCGAGUAAUCCGGUAAAUCAUCCAGCAAGCAACAUAUUUCCUUCAGAAGAAUACCGACUUUGGAAUGGUGAAAAUCUCUGGCACAACACUUGUCAAUUAUGAUCUUCGCAUCCCCAGCCACACUAACUGAAUGAAGAUUCCUCCUCUGACAUUCAAGCAAAACGUCCCGCAUUAAUUAUUUAAUUAUUUACACUAUCCACCAUUUUGAUUGAGCCUCCUAAUUGAUCCAGUAUUCCAGUUUGUCGUGACGUUCGAGGCCAGCCCACAGCGGAUCUGAAAAACUGGGCCUGGACUAAUUAGGCCCAUAGAGAUUUCACUCGCAUUUUCAAUUCAUCGUUUCUCAGCUAGAGCCUAGUUUCUGCCCCAAACCAGCAAUGGCGUCCAGUAAGAAAGCCAAGGAAGAGGACAAGAAGAAGAAGAAUGACAAGCGGCCGCAGGCAAACGGCAAGGCGUUGGCCGUAACCAAAUCUCCGAGCAAGGGUGGUAAACAACCUCCUGCCGCCGCGAAUUCCAAAUCGCCUCAAAAGAAGAAGACGACGACGCCGGUAAAGUCUCCCACCAAGGCAAAAACGCCCACCAAAGCGACGCCAGUGAAGAAGGAGAAGAAUAAGAAGGAGGUCGAGCCGGAGGAGCUCGUGGUCCCUUCCUCUAGCUGCGAGUCCGAAAAGGAGGAGGAAGGGGAAGAGAAUGGAGAUGAAGGCAGGACUCCGAAUGGGAAUUCGAAAAUCUCGAAAGCAGAGAAAGGCAAGAAGAAGAGAGAGGAAGGAACCGAAGACGGAGGAGAAGAAGGAGACGAGGGGACAAUGUUCCGGUUUCCGAUGGCGAGGAUUAGAAGGAUAAUGACGAGCGAAGCGCCGAAUCUGCAACCGGGUUUGGAGGGUCAAGAUGUGGUUUUCCUCGUCAAUAAAGCCACGGAGAUGUUCUUGGAGAAGUUCUGUGAAGAAGCACAUCGUUGCGCAGUUCGGGAUAAAAAGAAAUCGCUCGAGUACAAACAAUUAGCAACAGUUGUUAGCAAGAACGAGAGAUUUGAUUUUCUCUCAGAUUUCGUCCCUGUGAAAUUAAGAGCCGAGGAUGCUUUAGAAGCACGGAAAUCAGCUGCAUCGCAGCAAGGAUAAAGAAGGCGCAAGAGUAGACCUGGUGGUAGAACGGAGGAGGCAGUUACCUUUGCAAUAUCAGCACGUAGCUCGACAAUCAUGAUCGUUUAUGAGUGUAAACUAGUCAUUUUUCCCCCCAGCUGAUAACGAACAGCGGAACCACCAUUUGCUAGCCAUGCUGUGGCAUAUUUUGCUAGCAACAAGCGGCUCUGCCUUUCCUUCUGUAUGAUCUGAUGUAGUAUACAUGAUCGAUCUAGAACAGAGAAGUAUUUGAUCAUUUGCUGUGGUCUAUUGAUGUUGUUCUCUACCUUCCUGGUAGCUAUUUUUUGCUGCAAUUUCAUUCCCCCAAACAACCGGUGGGUGGAUGGGAUAAGCUGACGUGAGAGUUGGCAUGUCAUAUCUUGUUUGCAGUUCAGAGGGACACAUCGGACACAAAGCAACAAGAUGGUGUGACCUGGCCAUGCCAGUGCUGCAAUUAUCUUAAAAGCCUUCAUAAUCAUACCUAUAUCUAUCCCCAGUUAUGCUACUAAGUACGUCUCCUCCCGCUUCAGGGUACAUAGUGACCAAAUGUGCUUAACCACUCUGUAAUGUGCACUGUAAAACGAUAUGGAUUAAUCGAUGUUUUAGGAAAGAAAUAGCGUAAACAAUU